ACAAUAAGCAUGGUGAUGUCAAAUACAUAAAAACAAAAACUUAAGUGGUUAAUAACAGCUGAUUUUAAGUAUAGUUUUUGAUACUGAAGCUCAAGAUUCUGUUCGAUGCUUUUUGAGCAACAAUCACUCGCACAGUUCUUUAUUGCUUAUUAACCAACCUUUUCGAUCUUUUCGAGCAUUUUGAACAAAAAUAUAAAGUUUUUCAAGAAUGUUUGCCUAUAAUUUUUGAAUUUAUCUAUGGAGAUUAAACAUCAAACAAAUAUAAGGAGAAGCAUUGCCUGACUAUGAAGAAGUUCGAGCCACUAAAUUAUUAGAGCUGAAAUAGAGUACCAAAAACAGAAAGCGUGAAGGUUCAUUCAUAAAUAUCUGCGCAUUUCGGUAUAAACCUGCAGACAACUGAGCAGAAGCAAAGACAUAUUUUCAAUUAUUCUGAUAAGUGCUUAGAUAUAUGUAUGUAUGUAUGUAUAUUCGUGAAACUUGCUCUCAUGCACUUUUAGCAGUGACGUCGUGUAGAUCGAUACAGCGUAGAGUGAGCUUAUUUCUAUGGCACUCCAAAUAUGUAAAGCAUUACUCUCUGUUUAUAUUUACGACCAUAUACAUACAUAUACAUAUAAAUAUAUAUAUAUAUAUAUAUAAGUGACCAAGCAUUUUUCGCUUAUCGGAGUAUCUGGAAUACUAGUUUAUUUAGUAAAUUCAUUCAGUGUUUGCCUAUCAAAACGUUUUCGUCUUUUUUAUUGUACUAAAUAAAACAACAUUUACGAAAGGAAGAAUAGAAACAAUAGUAGGAGGAAUGGCAUUGGCUACUAAGAGCGUGGAACAGCCGCAGUCCGGCAGCGAUCUUAUUUUGGAAGGAAAACCCAUGGACAAAGCGAGGUGUAAGGCCGGAAAUUUAAGGUUAUCUUUAUGUAAUUGGACAUCCAGGUCGAUGAUAAUAUUGCGUGAAGUUGAAGAAAAGAUUUUAUCCUUUAUCAAAACUCCAUAUCGUGGAUUCUUCGUAGAUAUUGGCCCGACCGUUGGCGACGCUGAUAAAAUAUGGACCAUCAGUAUGAAUACAGAUUCAAAAAAAGAACCUCUGGUUCUGUUACACGGAUUAGGUGCAGGAGUUGCUUUAUGGGUAUUGAAUCUAGAUUCUUUUGCUAAAUAUCGUCCCGUAUACGCAAUGGAUGUAUUGGGCUUCGGGCGUAGUUCUCGUCCUACUUUCUCUAAGGACCCACUCAUCUCUGAGAAACAGCUUGUAAAGUCAGUAGAAGAGUGGAGACGGAAAAUGAACAUUAAUAGAAUGGUAUUGUUAGGUCAUUCAAUGGGAGGAUUCAUCGCUUCAAGUUACGCACUAUCAUAUCCUGAGAGAGUCAGUCAUCUUAUAUUAGCUGAUCCUUGGGGAUUUCCAGAAAAGCCUGCUGACUUCCUUACCACAAAACCCUUAUGGCAAAGAGCAUUGGUAAAUGCUAUAAAACCAUUGAAUCCACUGUGGCCAUUACGUGCGGCGGGUCCAUUUGGUCAAUGGAUGCUACAAAAAGCGCGACCGGAUAUUAUAGAUAAGUUUGAAUCAGCUGUAGAAGAUAAUACCAAGCUGAUACCGCAAUAUAUUCAUCAAUGCAAUGCUCAAAAGCCUUCUGGUGAGUCGGCGUUUCAUGCUAUGAUGGCUUUGUUUGGUUGGGCAAAAUAUCCGAUGGAACAUCGUUUGAAGGAUCUUAGAGUGGAUAUACCUAUAACUUUCAUAUAUGGAUCGGAGUCGUGGAUGGAUUAUUCCUCAGGUGAAACAAUUAAGGCUCAUCGUGUAGAUUCCAUAGUCGAUAUAAAAAUGGUAGACGGUGCGGGUCACCAUGUGUAUGCAGACAAAGCAGACAUUUUUAACCGCUAUGUUAAUGAGGCCUGUGAAUUAUAUAAAGCUUCUGCAACAAACAUCGACGUACGUGAUACGACGAAGUCGGAUAAAGAAGUAAAUGAUGGCACUUUACAAACUGAAACGCAACAAAUAACAGUGCAUAGAGAUCAAAAUUCAGAACAUACUCUGUCUGAUGGUCAGCACACCAUGGGGCUGCAACAGGCCUGAAACAUCAAUAGCUUACCAAAAUAUCUGUAUAUGUAUAUGUAUAGAUCCGUAUUAAUCAAUGUAUAUCAUCCCAUUAAUAUGUUAAAAAUAUGAUUUAUGCAUAAAGAAUCCUUAUUGUAAAUACAAGUAGACGCUUUAGCGAAAUGCCGACGGCAAAUCAAUACUUUUUGAGGGUAAAUAAUCGAUAUUUACUAUACAAAUAAGUAAAAUGUAAAUCAAGAAAUUUGAAAAAUAAAUGAUUUAAUUCGAAAAA